CAGUCUAGAUUUGAGUUGCGGCUGAGACGAACGUCAGUGAUCAGUCGCCAACAUGAAACAAAUACUACUACUGUUUGUGGUUACCAUUACGUCGACUAUGUCGUUUGACAUGUUUUCCAAUUACAGAAGGACGGACCUUGGAAAUUCAAUUGACAUCGCUUCCAUGAAGCUUCUUAAAGAAAUAUAUGACAAAUCCUCCGAAAAAAAUGUUGUCACUUCUCCUCUAGGAGUGUUGACCCUCCUUUCGCUGUAUGCGUCCGUAUCUGAGGGAAAGAAUCGUGAAGAGAUCAUGCGACUACUCGGUGCUAAUGACUACAAAGACAAGCAGAACGUAGAAUAUUGGCUUUCAGAUUCCUAUGAGCGACUAAGCGAACAUUAUUCUAAAAUGGAUCCAGGGUUCCUGAGUCUCGCUAAUAAGGUGUUAGUAUCAGAUCGAUUCACUCUGAACGACACGUUUGCUAUUAAAGCGGGAGGAUAUAAUACCGAAGUGUCCAGUAUUGACUUUUCAGAACGGAAAGGUGCUGCCGAUGCUAUUAAUACUUGGUCAUCCCAAAAAUCGAUAGGAAAGAUCAACAAUCCAGUUUCCGAAUCUGACAUUGACCCAGCUACAGUUAUUGCUCUCCUUAAUGUGAUCUUCUUUCAGGGUCACUGGUUCGUACCAUUUAACGCGAGCGAGACCAAAGAGAAGGAGUUCAACGUCGAUCGAUCCACGGUUGUCAAAGUACCUAUGAUGCAUCUGGAGCAGUCGCUUUACUAUCUGGAAGAUAACAACAUGGGUGUUCGGAUGAUCGAGCUACCUUACCAGGAGACGAAAUUCCGUAUGAUCAUUGUGCUACCGAAUGAUAUAGAUGGUCUCCCGGAAGUAUUAAGGAAGGCUUCUGAGAAGGGACUCCAUGAAAGUAUUUUCGAGAUGUAUCCUGUAGAAGAAGUUCAUUUAGACUUGCCUAAAUUUGAAAUCAAGUCAAAGAUAAAUUUCAAAAGUAUUCUGCAGAAGGUGGGCGUGUCGAGUAUAUUCAAAAAUGAGUCAACUGGAAUUGUGAAAGAAAGCAGCGUGGUUGUGUCGGAAGUGUUACAAGAAGCUUUUGUUAAAAUUGACGAGGAAGGUGCAACGGCCGGAGCUUUCACAGGUAUAUUUGCAGUACAGCCAUCGGCUUUGAUUGAACCUCCUCCACAUAUUAUCUUCAAGGUAGACCGACCCUUCAUGUUCGUGAUCUUACAUGAUGACAUCGUGAUCUUCACUGGAACCUACUCAGGAAAUAACAUGAAAUAAAGUUAAUUAAUUUCCAAUACAAUUUAAUGUUUUUUAUUAAAUAAACUUUAUAAUAAAGAAAAA